AUGCUUUCUACUAUUUUGUUAUGGAUUUCCUGUUGCACAAUUUCAACUUUAGCACAAGAAGCUACUAGGUAUUUCCCAGAAACUCCAAUAGGCUGCUCUCUUGAAAAUAAUUGUCCUGCAGAAUGGCCAUGUUGCUCACAAUUUGGACAAUGCGGUACGGGUCCUUUUUGUGUUGGAGGUUGUAACCCAAGAUUAUCUCACGAUCCAGGUAGUUGCUUAGGACAACCAGCAUUAUUACCACGAAUGUCGCCUAGCUUCUGGUUGCAAAGCUCACUGGAGCAAAAACCUGCUCUAAAAAGUAGCUUUCUGCCUAGAGUACAACCCAGUAUGGACGUUGCAUCGAAUGAAGGUGGAGAAAAGGACUUGAAUAAUAGAGGUAUAGUUAAUUUCGCUAACUUCCUAAUAUCACCACAAGAACGAAUCAUUAAGAAAAUGUUAAGAGACUAUCAUUUCACGUACAGUGGAUUUGUUAAAUACGAUGCACCUGGUCAAUUGACUCUUGCUAUGCCUAAACAUACUUCGGGAAGUUUAAUAUCAUCCACAAGAUCUUUUCUAUACGGUAGAGCUACCGUAAAAAUGAAAACAGCUAGAGGUCGCGGAGUUGUUACUGCAGUGGUAUUAAUUUCAACUGUAGGUGAUGAAAUUGAUUUUGAAUUUAUUGGAGGAGAAUUACAUCAUGCUCAAUCUAAUUAUUAUCACCAAGGUGAAUUAAAUCACACAAGGAUGGAAAAGCUAGAACUAAGUUCUGACAGUUUUGAAAAUACUCAUAUUUACGAAGUCGAUUGGGACCAAGAUAGAAUCAACUGGAUUGUGGACGGUGUAGUAGCUAGAACAUUAUACAAGGAAGAUACAUGGAAUGAGGAAAAACAAAGAUACGAAUAUCCACAAACACCAAUGAGAUUGCAAGUGUCGGUGUGGCCAGGUGGAAGAGAAGAUGCUGACCCUGGUACCAUAAUGUGGGCUGGAGGGCUCAUUGAUUGGGAAAACUCGCCCGAUAUACUUGAGAAGGGUCAAUUUUAUGCAACUGUGGAAUCAAUAGCCGUUACACCUUACGAAAACAAAUUCUGGCCAUCAAUAGUUGAUGAACUAGAAAGAUUACAUUUACCUAUUGAUGCUAAUUCAUUGUUAGAUAUUACUUACGAUUACAAUUAUGACAAGUUUAAUGAGCAUACGUGGUUUGAAGAUUCAGUCAUUUGGAAGAAGGGCAAAUUACCUUAUUUAUCUUCCUUGGACAAGAAUGGCCUAAAUCCGGGAAGACAGCAACAAAGUCUUUUGGUAGGUAAACAAUUGAAGCAAGAGCAGGGAGAUGGGCCGGAUCAGAGUCCUUCAAACAGGUUUAUUCAAGACACUAAUAAACCAUCGGAAAAAAAUCAUGAAGAACAAGAUUUGCUCCUACGAAACGCUCUGCAGUCACGCGAUGCUACCACAAAUGGGGGUUCCAGUCACAAUAACAGAAAUCCUAUCAAAAGAUUGCUUAAUAUGCUACAUUAA